UUAUCUCUGCCCUCUGCAGCCACCUUGCAGUGGAACACACCUGUCCUCAGCCUUGAUGCCAGCCGUUGUAGCUAUAGCACAUGUAGUACGCUCCUUUGGUCAUACUGGAUGGACCCUCACAUAUUCUUUUCGCCUGUUAUUUGAAUAGUUCCAGAUUAGCAGGUUGGAACACCUUCGUAGAGGGAAGAUGGCUACAACUACGGCUCUAUUGGUGGUGUAUUUCCUGCUUGCUGUUGUCGUGACAGUGGAAUCAGCAGUUUCAGUGGACGAGCACGCUCACAGCGUGAGACGUAACACCAGAGAAAUUGGAGGGGCACCGGAAGUCGAAAAGAACCCACAGUUUUGGAACAACAUGGCGAAAACCUCCAUCCAAGACGCCUUGCGAAUCCAAAAGAACCACAAGACGAAGGUUGCAAAGAAUGUGGUGCUGUUCCUAGGCGACGGGAUGGGCGUGGUCACUGUGACCGCAGCACGGAUCCUGAAGGGUCAAAAGGCGGGGAACUCUGGAGAAGAGACCGUGUUGAACAUGGAGACACUGCCGCAUGUGGCGUUGUCCAAGACCUACAACAUAGAUGCCCAAACGCCGGAAGUGACGGCCACCGCGUACCUUUGCGGUGUGAAGGCGAGGUGGGCAACACUCGGGUUAGACGGCAGGGCGCGGAAUGAAGACUGUGGCUCUUCAAAAGGCAGGGAAGUCCCGUCAGUUUUAUCCUGGGCAGAGUAUGCAGGUAAGUCAACCGGUAUCGUGUCGACAGCCCGUGUAACACACGCCUCCACGGCGGCAGCCUACGCUCACACGGCCAACCGCCGGUGGGAGGUGGAUAGCAUUCUCCCGCCUGAAGCUAUCGAGAACGGCUGUAGGGACAUCUCUGCUCAACUAGUGGACGACAAUCCCGGCAUUGAGGUUAUCCUUGGCGGCGGACGCAGGCACUUCCAUGCCGGUACCGACCCGGAGUAUCCGAACGACCCCGGAUCUAACGGCGUCCGGAGUGACGGCAGAAACCUGGUGCAGGACUGGCUGUUCGGGAAGACAUCAGCGCGUUACGUCUGGAACGGGACGGACUUCCGAACUGUUAAUCCACAAAACACGGACUAUCUUCUGGGUCUUUUUGAGCCGAGUCAUAUGAAAUACAUGACAGACAGAGAUGAUUCACCAUCAGAAGAACCUACCCUGGCGGAAAUGACGCGAACUGCCAUCCAGAUACUGCAGAAGAACAGAAACGGCUUCUUCCUGCUCGUGCAAGGUUCUAGGAUAGACCAUGGACAUCACGAAGGCAAAGCCGUAAAGGCCAUCAACGAAGCCGUGGCAUUUGACGAUGCCGUAGAGGUUGCUAAAGACCUGCUGAACCUGGAUGAGACUCUCAUCGUCGUGACGGCUGACCACGCCCACACCGUCAGUCUGGGGGGCUGGGACACGGCGAGAGGCAGCCCCGUAUUUGGCAAGUUGGACCCGGAUUAUGUUGUCGAAAGCGUCGGCGCUAAGCUUGUCCCAGACGGCAAACCGUACACGGCGAUUCAGUACGGCACCGGGCCGGGCUACAACAUCUCCGCUCCUCGCGAGGACAUCACGAACGUGGACACAGCAAACCCAGACUAUGUGCACCAGAGCGCCGUGCCCAUGAUAAGAGAGAGUCAUGGAGCGGAGGACGUCGCCAUCUUUGCUGACGGCCCCAUGGCUCACCUGUUCCACGGCGUGCACGAGCAGAACUACAUCGCUCACGUCAUGAAGUACGCGGCCUGUCUGGGGGAGUACGCGGAGGAUUGUGAUCGGGAAGAAAGGGUGGCUUCUGGAACCGCCAGGGGGAGCUUCAGCACUGCAAUGGUGCUCUUGUCCAUCAUUUUGCAGCUUGCGUGGGUCUAAGGGUACAAACUACUUAGAAUGAUGAAAUAAAUCAAUUAGCCUGAUUCUUUCUUUUCUAAUAGCCAUAGUUUAUCUUAGCAUAUCAAAGAAAUCCUAGUAAAAUCAUUGUUACGUAUGUCUCGUACUGCCAGUUAAUCUUAAAAUUUGUAGUCCAACUUGACUUCAUUGCAAUUUGCAUGUUCUUGCUUGUAGUAUGGACCAUGUCACCGUAGGCCUAUUUCCUGCAUGCGGCUUAUGCCAUUAUACCAGCAUGAAAGAUUGCUCCCCCGGGAUUCUCGGGCUCACUGGUACUGUCUAUGGAUAAGACAUUUAGUGACGAGAGAGAAUACACGUGCCUGUGACACCUGUGAGGUAACCAUUAGUAUCAUUUGUAGAUUCAGAAGUGUAAUAGUUUGGUAGUUCCAUAAAUCAAGUGACAAUAAUAGCGUGGUAUCCAUGAGUUUAGAUGUAGUGCGUGAUACAAGGCUGUUAACACACUAGUGUCACUUUCUGCACUUCAUGAAUACAGAAUAAAAAACAUUACUGACUGUGA